GUGCGGAGCCAAUCCGCAGCAGCACAGUCCCCGGGCCGAGUGGGGCGCGCCGAGCCGGGAGCUGCGAGCCGAGCCUAGCGCCCGGCUAGGGCCGGGGCUGGAGCGCAGCGGAGAGGGAGUCCCGAGUUCCCAGCCCGAGUCCCGCCGCCGCGGUGCCCCACGCCAUGGAGCCGGAUAACAGCCCACGGAAGAUCCAGUUCACCGUGCCGCUGCUGGAGCCGCACCUGGACCCCGAGGCGGCCGAACAGAUCCGGAGGCGCCGCCCCACCCCUGCAGCCCUUGUGCUGACCAGUGACCAGUCAUCCCCAGAGAUAGAUGAAGACAGGAUCCCCAACCCACUUCUCAAGUCCACUUUGUCAAUGUCUCCACGGCAACGGAAGAAGAUGACAAGGACCACACCCACCAUGAAAGGCCCCCAAGAGCUCCAGACGAUGGUUGAGCAUCACCUAGGGCAACAGAAGCAAGGAGAGGAACCUGAGGAAGCUGCUGAGAGCACAGGGACCCAGGAGUCCUGCCCACUUGAGAUCCCAGACACAGGCUCAGCGUCAAGGUCGGGUACUCCUGGGAUAGCACAAAAGCCUGCAGCAUCCACCCCCAAGAUUCAGGAGCAGUGUGGUGUGCAGCCCAGCACAAAGGACCCCUUGCCACCAGCGGAUUCCCAGGGAGCCAGCUUGGUCUGAAAGGAGUUGGCAUCCCGGAAUCGCCACUGCGGUGUGGAAACUCAUGGACACUGGAUGUUCCUUAAUCUCUUGUUUUUAAAAGUGAUAAAUUUGGUGUUAGGUCGUUGGUGCUCUUUUUUCCAGCCUGGGGAUUCCUUCCUUCCUUAGCUCUUGUCUGCACUCCACAGCCCCCGCUCUCAGGACUAACUAGGGGAGGAAAUAGGAAAACUGACAGAAGCCUAGAUUUUAUGUUCAUAAAGAGAAAUGGGAGUCUGGAAGUCAAAGAGCACCUCAGUGCUUUCUUUCCUUACUGAGGAAAGCUCUGCCCACACAGAAGGGUUGCACUCUGGGAGACUGCAGGUCUGAAACAGAAGCCCUGACAAGCUGGGCGCCCUGCGCUGUGUCUCCCUCUGCUGGACAUAAGUAGGAAGUGCACCUUGUCUCUAGACCCUGAGAAGAAAGUAUUUGGAAUUAUCUGGCCUCCAUCCAAUUCUGUGGCCACUAUUCCUUAUUCCAACCUGAUAGGAAAGACUGUCUGAGAACUCAAGUGUCUAGAAACCCAAUGGGCCACCUCUUGUCCUUCAUCCUGAGGCCAGGGUAAGACUAAUACCGUGCACAGGUGGAGAAAUGGCUUCUGAUCCCAGUCAGGCUUCUCAUGAUGCUGAUUCUGCUUUUCCCAAAAAAAUUA